AUGCCAGCCAAGAUUCUUCUGAUUUUCCUCAUCUUUUAUGGAGUGUUGAAAGUGUUUACAACCGCUGAAGUGACAAACGAGCCUGUGGAAGAAUACAUUGAGACCGUUCCAAUGUAUCCGUUCGACAUCCAAUAUAAAAGAACGACUACUUCGAAAUUUGCCGCUGCCCGGAAGUGUGGUCUGCAAGUAAUCGAGCGAAUGAAAACGCUUUGCGGUGGAAUGUGUGCUCCUGGAUCGGGUUUGUGUUGAAGCCGAAAAGCAACAGUUCAGCUUUGGUUUUUUCCAGAUUUUCUCGUGAAAAAGUGUCAGUUAGAGAUAAGCGACGGAGAAAUCAUCGGUUCAUGCUGCCCUAAACUUGUUUCGACGUCUUCUCAUCCUCUCUCUACUACCCUCCAUCCCAUGUUCACAAGACCGCUUUUGUUUCCGGAACUGCAGAAGUCAUCGGUUGAUUCAACUACUACAGCAACUCUGGAAGUCUGGUGA